UUGACAUGACACCGGCGGACAAACACUCAAUAAACGGGCAAACCUCGGGUAUUUACAAAGCGUUUUUUAACCUGUUUCCACACAGGAAGAUUGAACAUGGAGUUAUCCCCGCUUAUAAAGAAAAUAGGCCACUCUUUGGUGGAGAUAAGAGUGCGAGCGCUGAAGAACAUCUUGUGUAAACUGGACCAUUCCCUGAUCUCCGUCUCAGACAUCGUGCAGGAGAAGAUGCUGUUUGUGCUUCUUCUCGAGUGGUUCAAUUUCCCCGAGGUGCCGAUGCAGGAAGAAGUCCUUGAGCUGCUCUCCACGUUAUCAAAGCAUCCGAGUGCAGCCCAGAUGCUCAGAGACGUCGGGGCGGUGGACUUCCUCUCUCAGCUGUCUCGUAACGUGGAGCCCAGCCUGCGAGCUGUCAUCGACGGGACCCUCGACCAGCUGUUCCUGCUCCCCCCACUCCUCCCCAGUCACAACACAGUCUCCACGCAUGGACAGCGCAACACAACUCCAACUCCUGCAGAUGUUCCACCUGAAGACCAUUGUCCUAAAAUGGGAUAUUUCCACAAGAGCAUGCCAAACCAUACAGAUGUGGCGCCUCAGAAGAUAGCAGUGCACGAGUCUGUGAGGUGUCUCAAGUUUUCUGUGUUCCCAUGGCUGACUUUGACGAACACGGACAGACACAUACUGUCAUCCAACGAGAGUUCUCUAAGGAGCAGCAACCCUACCUUGGUGCGGACUACAUGUGAACUCCUGUGUGACGUCAUUAUGCAAGACUUUCCUGCUGAGAUCUUCCUGCAAAGGCCCAGCAUAGUGCAGAACCUGCUGUUCCUGCUGAGGCUGGGUUCAGGUAAAGGUGAGUCGAGGUUCCUCCACCUGCAGGCGCUCUCCUGCCUGAGGCAGCUGUGUGUGGGGCUGAGGAGGAGACUCCGCUUUCAUCAGGAUCCAAGCUUCUUCUCCACAAAGCAAGAUCCAGUGUCCCAGAACUCGUCCUUUUCCUACUCCCAGGAGGUGAGAGGGACGCAGCGCUCCCAGGCCUCCUCCCCAGGGGGCGAGUGCUCUCCUCGGCCCUCGGUGGUGGGGCGCACCGGCCAGAGAGCCAGUGGAGACGGACAGGAUGGAGACGCAGCGUCCACCAGUGGCAGCUCUCACAGAGGUGGAGCAGCAGUCCAGGCCCCCCCCCAGACCCCCCAGUCCCCCCAGUCUCCUGCAGAUUUGGCCCACCUGGAUCUUCCUGACCUGGGAGUGGAGGAUGCUCUGGAGCUACAGCUACAGCAGCUCACUCUCGCUCAGUUCACCGUCACCACCAUGCAACAAGCCAUACCGCUGCUGAAAACAGAGGUUUCUCACGUGUUUCACCGUGUGUUGGAGCUGCUGAGCGACGGCGUGCUCCUGCUCGGGGACAGCGUCUGCGAGCUGGUGUGGGACGACCGCAGCCUGGUGGGGACGGAGCUGAAGCAGAAGCUGCAAGCCUGCAUGGAGCUAUUGGGGGAAAUCCUCAGCUACCAUCAGAGCUCUUCAUCAGAUAUUCCCCGCAGCGCUCAGGUUCAUCACAGGAUGGCAUACACAAGCGUCUCUAUAUUCACCAUCAAACUCCUGCAGACCAUCCUCCCUCCUGAGAAGGCUGGUGAACAUCUCCCAGAAAGCACAGCAACCGCUAUUUUCCACCUGUGCUUGGACACGUCGUUGGGGAGUUUAUUACCCAGCAUGCACCAGGCAGCGGCGGCCUACCUGGAGCAGGUGAACACCGACAGCCACGACCUCUACAGGAGGGUGAGCCGUGCCGCCCUCUGGAUGGAGUCCACCUGCAACUUCAUGAAGGAAACACAAGCUGAGGGAGAGAAGAACUGGUUGGAGUUGCUGGAGCUGGCAGACCAGGCGAUAAACGGCCUCUCGCUGCACCAACACCUCCCCAUCAUCAAGGAGUGUGUCCACAUCUGCUCUCACCUGUGGACGUUUGAUGAUCCCAGCCCCCUCCUUCAAAGAGAGAGCCAGAAACUCCUCCUGAAGCUUCUGUCCCAUCCCUUACUGCCUGUCAGAGCGGAAACAUACCAAUGCACUCUACGCCUGGCCAAGGACUGCCUCGGCAUCCAGAAUGUGGCACGAAAGGAAGUGGCGGCCUGCGGCGGACUCAACUUCCUUAUCCACCACAGGGUGCUCUACGAAAUCACUGCUUUCGGACUCCAGGAUUCUGCAGAGAAGGUGAACGUCGCCGCCAAGGAUAUCCUGCUAUUCGUGCUCAAAGGACGAUUGAUGAUGACAGCAUCCACCUGGGACAGAUUCAACGAGGCACUUCACCCGGUCAUGCCCGUGUUACAGGGCUAUGCCGGCACUGAAGACUCGCUGGGAAACUGUGUCCUGCUGAUAAGUGACAUGUCGGACGUGUUUCCAAGCAAAGCCAAGUUGAAAGCAGCGCUGCGACUCCUUUUCACUAAACAACCCACUGUGAGAAUAGCAGCAGUGCAACAAAUCCUGCCCCACUUAAAGAGCCAUGAUGAGGCUGAUGCAGCCAGACCAGAGCUGGACCAAUCAGUGCUCUCGUCUCUACCGAACCUCUUCUGCCUCCGACAGCCUGCAGACGUCUCGCUGGACACCUGCAACAAGUCUGUCCUCAAGGUGGAGUCGGUAGAGAAGCUGUUUGGUAUCCUGUCCUCGGACACUGUUGACAUCUCCCUGAAAAGAUCGGCAGGGGAGCAACUGUCUGUCGUGCUGCAAGACACAACAAUGCACCCGGUGCUGAAGAAUCUGGGAAUAACAGACAAAGUCAUUUCUUUCAUUGUGGGGAGUGUAAACGGCAACAAGAGCGCAGACUGCCUGCUGGAGCCGUGUGUGUGUAUCCUGAGGAAGUUAGUGUACGCUGAUCCGUCUCUGAGACACAGCCUGGCUCAGCGCAGCCUCCUGCUGCUCACACUGGUCAGGGCAUCGUUGAUAUUAAAGGAGAACAAAGGCAAUGGGAAUGAGAUUUCUGUCCUGAUGAGUUUACUGCUAUUUGAUGAGAUUGCCAGCAUUGAAACAUGGUCGGACAACACGGAUGUGACGCUCACACCGUUCUCCCUUCCUCUGUCGGUAAUACGCAGGUACAACAUCCCGUUCCAGGCGGGAUCUCAUCACGCUGUCAGCCCGUUUUGCUGCGUCCUCCCUCCCUUUAUCGACCUCCUGACCUUCCCCCCCGCUCGCCUCGCCCUACAGCUGGCCUGGAACACCGCAUGGCAUUCUGGGAUAGAUAACCUCCUGGAGAAGCUGCAUGGCGUCUCUACGGAUGAAUUCCACCCUGACUUGAAGCUGUCGGAGGCGCAGGGUGUGAGUCUGCGGGCGCUGCACCCCCCCGCCGCGCUGCAGGACUGCCUCCAGAGCAUCGUGUCUGCAGCGGGUCACAGAUCCGUCACCUCCGCCCUCUCCAGGCUCAGAUUAUAUCUGCUGAUAGAGCACCUCGCUCUGCCGCACAUCCCCACCCUCAGCUGCAGGGACACCCUCACCUCCCUCGGCUGGCAGGCAGCAGUCACCAGGUUCCUCCAGGUGCGUCCAGCCUGUGUGGACGAUGAGAGGUUGCUCGUGGGUAUCGUUGCAUUUUUGAAUGCCUACUUCAACCCCUCUGAGUCUGCAUCUGAUCCCGAGGACCAGGACCUGCGCUGGAUCCUGGAGCUGCUUCUCAACCAGGAGUCAGCGUCCCUCCUCAGUCUCCUGCUCGGUGUGGAGACCCAGACGUCCUCUCAGACCUCGGAGGAAUCAGAGGAGCAGAAGAACCACGUCGGCCAGAGACUUCAGAGAGAGCUCAGUAGCUUCUUCAACACUAUACUCCUCCGAGUCACACACACCACUGACAGGCUCUGUCUGGCGUUAGCGGGCCCGCUUCAGAGCCAGCUGGCGGUGCGUUUGCUCCAGAGUCUGAGGGUGUCUGACGCCCCGCGCUUCUACGGCCUCCCCAGCCUGGAGAGGACUCUGCUGGGCAUGGUCCGCCUCACCGCACAGCCCGGAUGGAGCUCUCACUGCACUGACAUGGAGCCCAAGAUACUCUGCUCCAAGUACCUCAGCGGGCUGCUAGAGGUGAUCUCCUCGUUUUAUGUCGAAUGGGGGGGAAACUCCAUGUCCUUCAUGGGGAAAGGUGUGACCAAGAACGCCGUCAUCUGCCUCCUUCACCUGUCCCACGAGAUGCUGAUGGAAAACAAAGACAAGGACUUCAUUUCCCAGUGGUCUUUGGGGAAUGAUGUGUCUUCUGAGGACACUAACCCCUCUCAGCUCGGUUUGGCCUGGCUCAUCCCUCUGUGGGUCGACCGCGAUCAAGAGGUGAGGUUUUCCUCUCUGGGUCUGGGGGCCGCUCUGACCUCGGGGUCCAGCGGGUGUCAGGCUCUGUGUGCCAGCUGUCAGAACAUCAGUGGAGGAUUGUGGGGAACGCUGCUCAGCAUCCUCCUGGAUCAGCAGGAGAGCAGCAUGGUCCGCAGAGAGGCUGCAUUCAUCCUGCAGAACUUGCUGGUGAUGCCCAUGCCUGCCAACGCAGAGGAGGCCAAGGACUCCCACUGGCAGCACCCCUGUGUUCAUGAUGAAGAGUCGGGCGUGUCUCUGGUGGGUCUUCCAGCGCUGCAGGCUCUUCUGUAUCACUGUCAGUACUUCCAGCAUGUGGCUCUCUGCGCCUCCAAAUGUUACCGAGGCCGGCUCACCUUCCACCUGCAGCCUCGGGCCGGGGGACCCCAGGAGAGCAUUUCACUGGACUCUGAGAGCUCUCUGUGGAUUGGGAGAUGCGACCCCCCUGUGGACUCCAGCAGGCCGUCCAGCUCGCUCUCCACAUCCAGCACUGUGAUAAGGGCUUCAGGGCCACACACCCCGAAGAGUCCCUCCCCACUGAGCGUCACUGAGGACACUCCUGCCAGCAGACUGACGGCUCAAGGUCAGAGUGAGACGGACUCCAGCGACUCGUUGACCUCGGCAGAUUCUCGACACGGCGACCAAUCGACGGCCGUAGAUCCCGUGUCGAUGGUAACUCCAGAUCUGAUGACGUCUCACUGCGGCCUGCUGACCAACCUGCUGUCCAUCCUGCCCGAAUUCACACUCAGCGCCGUCACACACCAUCACAUCCUGCACGCUCUGGCCAGUCUGGUGGAUGUUCGGCCCAUCGAGACGUGUCUCAGUGAGCUGAAGACGCCCAACGUGCCACCAGGAGAGAGAGAAGACAUCAAGAUCCAGUUCGUCACACAGCUUCAGUUUCUGUCCGGCUUCUGCAAACUGCUGGGGUCAUGUGUCACCGUGAGCUCGCAGCUGAUUGGUCAGAUGGACUUCCUCAAACAGCUGCUGACGGCUCUGGUUGCUGCGCUCAUGCUGGAUAUCAAAGGAUUAGACGCAGGUUCCCGGGUGUGUGUGUGUGUGUUCUGGGCCGACGUGUUGACGCUCCUGGCGACUCUGGUGAGGAGGGACGUCUCUGCAGCGUACCCAUCUGUCUCUGCUGCGCUGGGGAGGCGCUGGCACACAUUUGCAGGAACAUUAUCAGUGUGUGUGGCGGAGGAGUUGGCAGACUCUGCUCUGCACACAGCGGCUCUGCAGUUCCUCAGCACGGUUUUCACGGAGGAGACAAAGAGUCUGGGUGCAGAGGUCACAAACUAUAAACAUGUCUCCGCUUUGUGGGACAUUUUAAACGGUCCCUCGGCCAGCCAGCUGUGUGACCUUCUGCUGCAGAGUUUGGACAAGAGGACUUUUCAGGAUCCUCUGAAGAAGCCGACAGCCCGAGCUCUGAUGGCGCUGUUAUCGUGCAGCCGCUCCGCUCAGAGCCACGCAGCCAAAGCUGGUCUUAUUGACAGCUGUGUGGAGCAGAUGAAGAAGACUCACUCUCAGCUCCACCUCGAGUCCAUCCGACCCGGGAAGGCUUCUCACCGCAGGAAGGAGGAGAGCUAUUUAAAGGAGGUGAAGCUGAGUGUGGAGAUCCUCCGAAGCGCUCUCUAUCUCAACGAGGAAUGCAAAGUGGUGGCUACAGAUGCUCGCCUCACACUGGCCGUCUUUUCUCUCUGGCCUUGGCUCCUAUUGGACGAUCCGACCAUGGAGGCGGUGCUUGAGCUGCUGUGUGUUUACACCGCCAACUGCAUCACAGCCUGCAGCUGUGUGUGUGUUGGUGGCUCUGGAUCUGCAGCAGGGUGUAAAGGCGCUCCCAGCAGCUCUCUGAUGCUCUGCGUCACGAAGCUGGCCUCGGGGGUCGCGUCUGAUAACACCCCCGUCCAGAAACUCUCCUUCUGUCUGCUCGCUAACCUCGCCAUGUCCCGCGACUGCAGAGGCCUCCUGCAGAAAAAUAACUUCCUGCAGGCUUUCCUGUCGGUGCCGAUGCCCAAAGCAGGCGGAGGUAAAGCCUGGUCUGCAGCUGGUACUGGUGGUUCUGGUACUGGUGGGGGUCUGCUGGGUCUGUGGCUCCGGCUGCUGGUCAGCCUCUCUUCAGCGGAGGACGGUCAGCAGAGUAUCCUCCGGGUCUCUGGAGCUCUGGAGGUGAUUUCUGAGCUGGCUCUGCAGCGUCGCCACGCUCUGCUGACGCUCCACAACCUCUGCUUCUGCCCCAACAACAAGCCUCACCUCCUGGCCAACGACAAAGCCAUGAAGGUGCUCCUCGGCUGUCUGAACAGUAAAGAGAUGGAAACACGAUCCAUGGGGGCUUCUGCUCUGUGGGCGCUGCUCCAUAACAAUCAGAGGGCGAAGACUACUUUAAAGUGUCCCUCUGUUCGAUUGAGAGUAGAGGAGGCCCGCACCAUCUCUAAGAAGGAAGCAGAGAAGAAGAAGAAGAAGGAGCCUCUGAAUGAAUAUCUGUUGAAGUGCCUUGAAAGCCUUUCCCAGCUGCUAAACAACUAAUUGUAUUUAUACUCUGUGCGUGUAUCAUGUUUUAUAGUUUUGAUAUUAAAGAGCCAAGCGGCACACUGCUGAGUACCUGCCUGGUUUUCCACAGAGUUUUCUAGCUGUGGCUUUGAGCAGCUUUGUGCGGUGGUCGAGGUUUUAUACGCUCUGCACAUGGCACCAACGUGGGUUAGUUGGUCGGUAACCAACAGAACAUUGGUGAUACGUUUUGGUGCUUUUAAGGCCAUCCGAUGUCACUUAUGAAACACUUGGCUGGAAAUCCAGAGCUUAAAAAACUUCACAAGAAAAGUGAUAUUUUCGCAAAAUAACGACUUCGUAUCUCAGAAUAAGUUCCUAGUUAUUUUUAUACUUUUUGAUUAAAUCACAAGGCCAAUGUUCUAG